AUGGGCAACAAGAAACACGAAAAGCCAAAACCCUUGGCCGGGGAUUUCCUCGAUAAACUACCUACCGAGAAGAGGCUGGCAAGCGAUUUUUACAGUGCAGCCGACUGCGAAGAUGCAAUCCACGGCCGGCGUAUCCCUAAAAAUUUCGGCAGGCGUGUGCUACAAUUAUGCGUUAUUCGUGGUAUCCGACAUUACUAUGGUUUCGCGCAGGACAUGGAACGUUUGAUGCCAGAACUCACUCCCGUGCUCGAUGCCAAAAGUUCUCACGAGGUGGUACUGGAAUUCAUCCGUGCUCUGAAUGCCCGACAUAUUAUGAGUGGGGUAAUCCCAGCCCUCUCCAGCCCUGAAGAGACUCCUUACUGCAUUUGGCAUCCAGAUGUUCCAAGCAAAGACACUUUACGCGCUCUGGUAAAAAAAUACCCCCAAAUGAUCUAUAAUGCCGCCCGUGCCUGUGCAAUUGGCGGGUAUCUUGACUUGUACAAGGAGCUUGACCCUCUUCCCGAGGUGCAUGUUGCAGAGGAAGCAGGCUAUGCUGCCGCCGGGGGGGGCCCGGGACAGCCAAGGAAGCCAGGGGAUCUAUGA